UAAAAAGACUCUAGAGUAUUAUAUUCUUUAUAUGAAUAUAUACAAAUAAUUAAUAAUUUUACUAAUCUCAGUUUGCACGAUAAUUUUUUAAUUUGAUUAUACUUAUUCAUACUCUACUUAUUCAUUUGCUGUAUGUAAUUGUAUGAGAACAGUAAAAAUAAGACUAAACUUUCUAUUGUUUUAAUUUAUUCAUAACGAAUUUAAUUAAAAUUCACGAACGAACCUAUAAAUUUAGGAAUGUUUAAGAGACAAUUAAGUGUACAUAUUUGUAAAUUAAAGCAAAUCUCUGAUAGCAAUUUGCCAAAGUUACCACCUAAUGCAAAUAUUUUCGCUCGUUGGAAACGACGUUAUCAAAAAUUGAUCUUGGUAUCCGCGAAACAUCCGCUGACACGUUUUUGUCUACGUAGUCGUGUUGCUAUAGCUUUUGAAAAAAGAAGGCAUGGUCGUUCAUCGUAUUGGUGGAUAAUACAUCCAUAUAGUAUUUUAAGGUAUUAUCAAAAAGAAAUAUGUAAUAAUUAUAUUACGCAUAUAUAUAAUCUUUCAGAUUUUUUUGGGAUUUCAAUAGCUAAAAACGCAGAUCCUGAAUUAUUAACAAUUGUUUAUCCUGCAUAUGUAAUUUGUAUAAUUGAUAUAAUUCUUAAUUUUAUAACUGGAUAUGUAUCAAUGGAUAGUCAUAAAAUAUUUCUAAAUCCUUGUUUAAUAAUACGGCAUUAUGUAAAAACAUAUUUUUUCAUAGACCUUGUUUCCUCUAUUCCUUAUACUUGGUUUUAUAAACAACGUAUAUUACCAUCUGGUCCUAAUUCAAAUUACAUAUUUCUUUUACUUGAGAUCUUGCCUAUAUUAAAAAUUAUAAGAUUAGGUACACUACAUCAGUAUAUUAGACAACUUAAUAUUAUAUUUGGAACUUCUCAUGCUCAAAGAACAAUUAUCUGGCUUAUUAUUCAGACUUUGUUAAUUUUUCAUUGGAGCAACUGUUUCUCUUAUGUAUUUCCGUAUAUUGUGAUGCAUAUAAUUGGAGAUAGUAUAGAGAACUCUGGAACAUAUUUAGUACAUACAGAAUUAUAUAAACAGUCUGAUUGGAUAAUUUAUAUAGAAUCUUUACAUAUUGGUUUAAGUAAUUUAAUUGGAUUUAGUUUUAUUGAAUUCCAAUCAUUUGGAAUAUUAGAUAAGAUUGCUCAUUGUAUACUACUUAUUUUUGGAAAAUGCUAUUUGAUUUACGUAAUCGGAAAAUUGAUAGAACCGGAACUAAAAUAUUCUCAAAUUAUAUAUGAAGUAAAAAAUUAUAUACGAGAAAAAAAACUUCCAAAACAUCUUGAAGAUAAGCUUGUUGCUUAUUUUAACUAUAAAUUUCAAGGCAACUUUUUUAAAGAGCAAGUUAUAUUAAAUACUCUUUCCAUGGUUUUAAAACCAGUUAUUUAUAUGGAAACCGAUAUAAUUUAUAAAUAUCAUGAAGAAGGUGAUUGCAUGUACUUCAUAGCUAGUGGAACAGUUGCAUUAAUUACUUUUUGGGGUAAAGAAAUCUGCCAUCUUGAAAAUGGCGAUCAUUUUGGUGCAGAAGUUUUAAUCAAUUCUCAAAAGCGAAGAACUGAAUCUGUUUUAGCUUUAGAAGUUUGUGAAGUUUUGCGUUUUAAUCGUCAAGAUUUUAAACGUCUUGUUUUUCACGGGUCUGAAUUAUUCAUGAGAAUUGAAAAUGAUAUAACAAAAAGGCAUAAAUUAAUCGAAGAAUUGGAAAAGCUGCAUGAAGAAUCUGAAAAACAAAAGAAUGAAUUAAAAAAAUAAAAUAGAGACAGUUAAUUAAAACAUCAAAUUUUA